GUAUGUUCAUAGAGUGUUAUACUGUUCAGUCUGAUCACGGAAUCCCAAAAUAGUUCUAACGAAAAUCAUCAUUAUCUCUUUUCCGGUCUGAUAUUCGAUCAGUUUGAGAAAUCACAGUAUCAUUAACCGUCUUGUGUAAUUCAAUGUUUAUUGAUUGUCUUAAUAGUAUGUAAUUUUGAUGCUAUCAGGAAUUUUCCAUGGUCAACAUAUACUUAGAUUUAUGAUGAUAGAGCUUCUCAGUGUCUUACUUUGUGUCAUUUCAGAAUUCAUUGGAACAGAUGAAACCACACGGAUUACGGAAACACCUGACACUGCAACAAACACAUUGGAAGAGACUAUGCAGAAUAAUACCGAUAACUCAAGUUUCUCGAAUCAUUGUAUUGAUUUUUACGAAACUGCAUGUGGAGAGUGGGAAAAACAGAACCCUUUGUCGGGUGAUAGUGCUAGUUCAAGCGUUAUGCAACAGAUGGGAAUGAACGUUGAUAACUACUUCUGGAAGAUAAUUGCUAACGAUUCAUACUAUAGAGAAGAUUGGCGCUUACAAUCAGCUCGAGCAUUUUACAAAUCUUGCGUAAAUAGUCGAAAUUCAGACACAACGCGUGAAAGUCGUCAUCACUUGAUAGAUAUAUAUUUUGGCGGAUGGCAACUAAUACCAUCACUUUCGACGGAGAUAAAUAAUACAAAUGGGCGAAAUCAAAGUCAAAUGAAUAACAGUCUUACCGAUCUAUUUCUACCAAUAUUAACUCAAACUGGACGUUCACCUUUAUUUUCAAUGAACAUCGCAGAGGAUAUUUUUGCCGUCCUAAUUUCACCUGGUCAGUUCGCUUUUCAAACCGAUUUACAGAAGACUGAUAUGGACAAAUCCGAAGAGGAUUACUACAAGCUUGCAUUUGAAACUGGGGUACCUCAGUCUCAAAAUCCAAAACUAACAGAUGCUUUCCGAAAAAUGAUUCGAUUAGGCAGAAUCGAUUGGAGUUAUGCACUUGAAAAAGUAUUACAAGAAACUGGAUAUGUAAACUACCACAAACUACCAAUCAUUAUAGAACGGCGAAAUGAACUCCGUCAACGUUGCGCAGAAUACCGUGAACUAUUGACGGAAAAAGAUGGUGGAAGUACUCUACACACAAUAGCUAUUAUGGACUUUUUAAGAGAACAACAAAAGAAUACACUAAACGUCCAUACAUUUGGAACGAAUCAUAACUUCAAUUCAUCUUCACAGCCACAUUUUGAUGAGCAAUGUAUAAAUCGGUUGAAGGAUGCGUUUCCAUGGACGUUUGAAAGACAUUAUAUCCGUUCGCAUGUAAACAAAACACACAUAACAGAGGUGAUCAAUAUGUUUAAUGAAAUUAAACUCACUAUCACUAACUCAAUACCAAAAAUCAAGUCGUUGAAUGAAGAAGAGAAAAAAUUCAUGAAAUACAAGGUUUCAAAAAUGGGUAUAUUUGCCUUGUACUCCAAUCAAAAUGCUUCUCAACAAAAUGAAAAUCUCUCAACAGUAUUCCAAUACCCUAUUCGAGAGGACAAUUAUUACACAAAUGAAUUCUACAUCCGUAGAGCGAAAUAUAUUGACACUUUGAAAACUCAAUUACACAAAUAUAACCCAUCUCUCACAGGAUCACUGUCACGUCUCGUAUCAGCUUAUUAUGCAACGGAUGAAAAUCGUAUAUAUGUAUACCCAGGACUUCUACAACCUCCACUUUAUUAUGAAAAUGGUAGUUUAGCUUCGAAAUUUGGAGCACUUGGUUGGAUUAUAAGUCAUGAGAUUAUGCACGGAAUAGGUAUCCAAGGUGUACUGUAUGAUGAGAAUCAGAAUAAACGGACUUCGUUCAAUGCUUUACUGUCAUCCGGUUUGAAACAUUUGAAUGCUUUAUGUCUGAGUCGUCAGUAUGCUUUCUAUAGUUACACUGCUUUAAAAGCUUUUCGCACUGAUACUCAAGAAGAAAUGUUGGCUGACAAUGAUGGAUUAAAAGCGUCGUACCACACAUACAAGCGUUUGUUGAAGAAGUUCUCGAACAAUGUUAGCCAAGAUAACCACGAUUCACUUGAAUCUGAUCGACUGUUCUUCCUCUCGUCUGCACAAGCUAUGUGCGGACAUCAUGGUGAGGUAAUACUUGCACAAAAUGCAGUAGCUAUGCCUCAUGUCUUGGAAAAGUUUAGAGUGAUCGGGGCGUUGGUCAAUAGUAGAAGAUUCGCACGUGCAUAUGGUUGUCCAGUUGGUUCACCAAUGAAUCCUGUUACAAAAUGCGAUGCAUGGUAAAACCAUUAUGAAUUACAUAUUCGAAACCCUAAACAUAUUUUGGGAUGCUACAACAUUUGAGUGGUUUUUUUGCACUUUCUUAAACAAAUCUUUAAAAUACACAAUUCUCAUCUUUGGUUUUAUUUUAUGAUUCGACUCACUAUUCAUGUGAAAUGCCUAUUUGUCGAUAACAAAACUUUAUUUCAGCAUAAGAGUCAAUAUACUCCAAUUUCUUUUCCUCAAAAUGAGUAACCAACUUAUAUUGUUUUAUGCCUAAUAUUUAAAUCAAAUAAACUUUAGUUAGCC